UCUGAGGGAAGGAGCACCAGCGCAGGUGUGUCGUAACUCACCAGCUGCCUGUGGUAGAGCAUGAGCUCCUUCGACCCGCAAACGCACUCUCCACAACGCUGCAGCCCGCAAUUUCCAAAUAUCGGUCAAGAACCUCCAGAGAUGAGUAUCUACUAUGAGAACUUUUUCCAUCCACAGAAUAUCCCUAGUCCACAGCGACCGAGCAGCUUUGAGAUGACGGAUUACACCAGCACUCCCAAUCCUUACCUCUGGCUAAAUGGACCUUCCAUUACCCCACCACCAUAUCUCCCAGGAUCCAAUGCCAGUCCCUUCAUUCCUCAGUCUUACGGGAUGCAAAGGCAGCUCUUGCCCAACAUGCAUGGCUUGGGAGGAACUGACCUUGGCUGGCUUCCUCUCCCAUCCCAAGAAGAGCUCAUGAAGCUGGUUAGACCACCUUAUUCUUACUCUGCACUUAUUGCUAUGGCUAUCCACGGGGCACCCGACAAAAGGCUGACCCUCAGCCAGAUCUACCAGUAUGUGGCUGAUAACUUCCCAUUUUAUAACAAAAGCAAAGCUGGCUGGCAGAACUCCAUACGGCACAACUUGUCUCUCAAUGACUGCUUCAAGAAGGUGCCCCGAGACGAAGAUGAUCCAGGAAAAGGGAAUUACUGGACUCUGGACCCAAACUGUGAAAAGAUGUUUGACAAUGGAAACUUUCGGAGGAAGAGGAAAAGGAAGUCUGACCUUGGGGCUAGUGCUGCCACUCUCGCGUCUGAGAAAUCAGAGGAUAGUGCCCUGACUGGCAGCCCCAAACAAGUAGAGCAUCAGGAUAUCUUGGAAAACUCAUCACCUGGGACUGACAAUUCACCUGAGAAAGGAUCUCCACCUCCGUCUUCCAGCAGCCCGUGCCUCAGUAACUUCCUAUCCAGUAUGACUGCGUACGUUAACGGCUCGAACUCAGGGAGCCGCUCAGUGCCUUUGGGACUCAACAAUGAACCCACUGACAAAAUGGGACAGAAUAUGGUAGGCUUUAACUCCUACUCUCCGCUCUCUAAUGUCCCCAGUCAUGGUGCGGGAGAGUGGUCCAAUUCUAUGCCUUCCAGCCACUUUGGCUACAGCAACUCUGUGCUCAACCAGUUUAACACUCAUUUUUACAGCAGUAUCGGCACAAACAACACACACUAUUCCAGGGAAGAGACAGAGGUUUAAAUGAAGGAUCCAAAGGGUAGCUCUUUACGAGAGGAAAUGAUCUAUGGGCAGAUGAUUAACAUUAGCCUGUUGUCUCGGGGACCCACAGGGCAUCCUGCCUUUUGACAGCCACAAACUUGUUACCCAUUAUUCUUAUUCAAAUCAUAAACACUCCACAUUUGGCAGCUGCAUAUAAAGAAUUAGGGAUCAUCACAGCAAGAGCAGUGUAGAACUCCCCUGAGACACUGAUUGUAUUGCUGCCAACCAUGGUCCUCUACAGACAUCCUUGAGAAGUUACUGUUUUCCUUAGGCAUGAAGAUUUUUCUGCCAUACUACUAAUAUUGCCAUGAUUUAAAGUCCUGGUAGAAAUGUCAUUCUAUCUCUAAACAUCCUCUCUUGCUGAUAUAGGUUGUCUGUACUAGACACAAUUAACAAGUUUUGCAUUUGGCCAAAGCUGUUCUGUAAUAAAAACUCCUGUAUAGUGAGUAAUAACCAACAUUUGAACGGUGAGUGCUGUCUUUGUUUUUUCCCUAAUAUUAGUGCAGGCACUGUCUGAAUUUUGAUCCCCUUUCGAUCCCGAGGGGAAUAUGGCUGUAAAGUAAACCGGCAUCAACAUGGACUCAAUACUCAUUUUGAAACUGAAGGGAAGCAUAUUAGAAUGUAACGGACUUGCUUUCUGCUGGUGCAGUGAGUUCUUAAUGUUUUCAAUACUAAUUACAGGGUCAAUCUUUCUUUUUUUAUGGUCUUACAUAUGCAAAUCUAUUCACAUAAGGAAUACAAGAUCUGUUGUGGGUGGGUAUAUAUAUGUUUAAUACAUGUAUUUUCUAACAGGAAAACACAUUUAUUCUACCUUAACAGUCUACAUAAAUCAUUUCUACUGAGUAAAGAAUUUGAAUAUCAGUGUGGAGGAAGAUGGAAGAAAAAGAGAGGCAGAAAUUUUAACUAUUAAGUGUCUCUGAGUUUCAACUCCAAAGGCUGGCUCUUUCAAAGCAUCAAUUGCAGAUACCUUAAAAAGUCCCUGUACUGUACUUUUUUUUUAUUUUGUAAAAGUUCUUACUCUUUGUCCUUGUUUAAAUAUUAGAAAUAAUGCUUUUUUCCCCUACACUCUACUGUAGUGACAAAAAAAUAUCAAAAUAUGUGUGAAGCUUUUCAAACUAAGACUUGAUUGAUUUGAGUUCCAGAUGUAUGUAAAGUAGUAUUUCCAACUGGCCUAUAGCAUACAUAGACAGCAAGUUUAACUGCUCACAGCUCGGCACUGACCAGACCUGCGAUGAUAGAAAACAUAUUAAUGUGUUGUAAUAGUUAUUGUUUUGUCUUGGUGGUUGUUUUGGUUUUUUUUAACUCGACAUGGUGAUACUUUUGUUACAGGCUGACCCAGAAGCAUUUUUAAUAAAGCAUUGGUAUAGAAGAGUGUGUACUUGUGUGUAUAUGUGUACUAUACUACUUACGUCUUUAAAAGUCUCCUUAAUACUUUGACUUGAGCAAUUUGCCCGAGGAAAGAGCAGUAUAACCAUCACAGAAGGUCAGACUGAGACAAUGUCUAGGCAAUCAGAAUGUGCUUCCCUGAGGAAUAUAAUUGACUUCUAUUAAGCAAAAUACUAUCACUAAAUACAGAUCCUCCUCAUGGUUUGCCUGCUGGAGCUUGGUGGUGUCAACGAUUUGAAAUUUCAGAAACUAGAUGGU